AUGGCUCAUAUAAUGCAGGUAGCGCUUGCUGAGAAGGCAUGGCGUGUCGGCAUGCCACCCAUGACUCCUCCAAGCAAGGCGAUGAGGCUGCUGAAGCAACCCAGGAAAUGCAGGCGCUCUCCCAGAGGUGGCCAGCGUGCUAGCGAGGCUCUGUCUGCAGUGUGUAUUGGAACCAUGCUGGCAGAGGCAAGAUCCUCGCUACGUGUCAGAAGGAGGACGGCAACCAAAGAUGUCAAUUGGCAGAAAAGACGGGAUGCGGGCAUGCAGUUGGUUUUUGCCGGCUUUAACCCAGCACAGGCCACAGCUCAGAGCCCAGCAGUUCCAGUCAUUGGGCUGGGCACUUGCUGCCUCAAAGGCCCUGAUUCCUUGCAGCAGGUUUCCGACGGCCUGCAAGUGGGCUACCGUGUCAUAGACACUGCCAGCCAUUACGAAAAUGAAGCUGAAGUCGGGGAGGCAGUUGGCCGGGCAGGGCUUCAGCGCAGUGAUGUGUUUAUCAUCACCAAGGUCUGGUUUGACGACAUGGGCGAAAGGGCUCCAGAGGCUAUCCAAGAGUCCUUGAAGCGUUUGAACACAGACUAUGUAGAUUUGCUGUUGAUGCACUUCCCCGGAGCCAAUGAUGCUCUGCAAAGCCCAAGCGCAAACCGCAAACGCCGCGAGAUGACGUGGCGAGCAAUGGAAGCUGCCAAAGCGCAAGGUCAAGCCAAGUCGCUUGGAGUAGCGAAUUUCACGCGCAGGCACCUGAAAGAAAUGUUUGAGUACUGUCGGGACCGCCCCUCCGUUCUACAAACCGAGAUCCACCCAUACUUCCAGCAAACAAAGCUGGUUGAGUUCUGCAGACAAAACAGCCUUCAGCUCCAAUCCUUCUCGCCCCUGGCACAUGGAGAGCUGAACCUUUUAGAGGACAGGGUUUUGAAGACCAUUGCUGUAAGUCACCAGAGAUCUCCAGCGCAAGUGGUGUUGCGUUGGCUGCUCCAGCAGAAGAUUUCGCCAAUUGUUUUCAGCCGCUCGCGGCAACGGCUGGCGGAGGACUUCGAUGUCGACUUCCAGCUGUCGGACCGAGAUAUGGAGCGAAUAUCGUUCCUGGAUCGGGAUGGCGAUGGCGCGGCCAGGGUUGGAUUCGACCCUAACUUGAUUGCCUAA